GCACUCGACACUCGUGCGCGCGACACCACAGCGACACCAUCUCACCAUACAACACCAUAGAAACACCAUAGCAUGGCGGACGAGGGCAUAGAGUACGACAUGGUCAUCAAGCAGGAGGGACCGAAAAAGGUGGACCUGUCAACUCAGAUAGAUUCAGAAGCGAUUCAGAAAGCUUACAAUGAAGUGAGGGAUGACACGUCUGAGACUAACUGGUUAGUUCUAAAAUACAACGGAGAGAGAAUCGUAUGCUCUGGAAAAGGAACUUCAUUCGAGAGGUUCAAAGAUGAAUUUGGAGAAAACGACCGAGCCUACGGAUACAUAAGAGUGCAGAUGGGUGAUGAGAUGAGCAAAAGACAAAAGUUCCUGUUGCUGACGUGGGUCGGAGAAGAUGUUGGAGUCAUCAAACGGGCCAAGAUGAGCACAGACAAGGCUCUCGUCAAAAAUAUUCUAUCGAAUUUUGCCGUAGAACUUCAACUUGAAAACAAAUCUGAGUUCGACAUUAACUUCUUCAAAGAUCAACUCAACAAGGCAGGAGGUGCUAACUACGGAACUGGAGUAAGAGACCUCUAACUCUCUGGACGAAGGGACAAAGAUCUCUAAGAGGUCUAAGACUUUUAGACGUAAAGAUGGAAGCAAAUUGUUCACUAGCUUACUUGUGCAAUAUAGGUUAGUUAGGAUAAGAUACCAGUAUUGUAUUUCUACGUACUUUUCAAAGUAUUACAAGUUUAGCAGUCUGUUUUCUUGAAAGUUAAUUAUUUAUUUGGAGGUUAGUUUCUUUGAUGUGUAUUUUAAAUCUGUUCAGUAAUAAAUUAUUUGUAAAUA